AUGGAACAACAAGACAUAAACGAAAUCGAUGCAACACUAGUAAAUAUAAAAAAUUGGGCGAAAAUUAUCAACAAAGACAAUCGUCGUAGGGCGCACAAACUGCAAUUGCACGAUAAACAAUCGUUGAUUACACCGGAAGCAUACCAAAGGGUUUUGAACUGUGACAAGUCUUUGCGAAUUCGCAAUGAUUUCCUUCAACUAUCGGCCGACUCUGUUAUCACGGAAAAGAUUUAUAUAGAAUUCAGAGAUUACCUAAUUUUAUCACUUCAACUCAGAAACGCGCAGCGACCCUGCGCCAUUGCAAACCUCACAGUGGAUGAAUUCCGUGGAGCCGAAAUUUGUGAUAACGGUGAAGAGUAUUCCCUAAUAGUAACACACACCUGGCAACAUAAAACAUCUAGCAAUGGACCAGCACCAUUAGUUUGGAGUAAACCGACUUUGACAUGGGCUGUCUUUAUCUCAGAUAUCUUCGCAACGUCUUCAUCACAGAGAACACAAAUCGAAAAUUAUUUCUUUCUCGCAACGUCAGGCCUACAAUUGGUUGGUAAUGAAGUUACGACUUGA